UUCAUCUCCUCGGUGAACUGGGUUUACCUGCAUCACAGAAAGAUGUCUUGCUCCAGCCUGUGCUAUCCAGAAUGCGGGGUGGCCCGGCCCAGUCCAGUUUCCGGCAGCUUCAAUGAGCCGUGCGUUAGGCAGUGCCCUGACUCUGAAGUGGUCAUUAGACCAUCACCCGUUGUUGUAACCAUCCCAGGACCAAUUCUCAGCAAUUUCCCUCAGCAGAGUGAAGUGGCAGCUGUAGGAGCACCUGUGGUCGGAGCCGGCUAUGGGGGCUCAUUUGGUCUGGGGGGAUUGUACGGCUAUGGAGGCCGUUACGGCGGACUGUAUGGUUUAGGAGGAUUAGGUGGUUAUGGGGGCCAUUAUGGUUACGCGGGAUUGUGUGGUUAUGGGGGCCGUUAUGGUUACGGGGGAUUGAGUGGUUAUGGGGGUCGUUAUGGUAGACUGUGUGGUUACGGGGGAGGUUACGGUUAUGGAGGAUUAUCCGGUUCCGGGGUAUCUUGCCAUAGGUACCUGAGUGGAAGCUGUACACCAUGUUAAACCUUGCAGGAAUAUCAAUGGUAAAAAAAAAGACCAGGAAAUGAAGAACAAGCAACAGAUUCAGAGGGAGAUUUCAGAAGCGCUGUGCAGGCAUGGCUCCACUUGGAUUCAACGCGAGCUGUGUCUGCUCAGCGCCUUUGUCUCCUAGACCCAUUUCUAAUGUUAUGCUUAUAAACUUUUUCUGCCAGUGCUUUCCCAACCACGUGCUUAGUCUCUUAGUCACAUGUGGACUCAUUCUGAAUUACACUCAGGCUGUUUGCUCUAACCCCGCAGUGCGAAGGAAACAGGGGCUUUAGGACAGGCAUCAGUUGUAUUUAUUAUCACUCGAAUUUGUUUGUCCAACUCUGCACCUGCGAAAAAGGAAAAACAACAUCUUGCCUCAAAUGCAUCGCAAGGAAGCGGGUGAUCGGUCGCAGCCCCUCUGGAAACACGUGAAAUACCUUCUUUCUAUUGUGUAUUAUUUCUUUCUGUAACUGUGUAUUGCAAAUUUCAUUCACAUUAAAAACUA